AUGCGUUCAUUCUUUCUGAUUCCGUUGUUUGCUAUAUUGCAGAUAUGUCAGGCUUUCAGUUCGCCGGAUAUUUACAAGCUCACGCAGCCUGGAGGUGCGAGUCCAGAUUUGGGUGAAGAUAGUCAGCCAGCUACUGUACCAUCGCAAUCAAGGCACGCAGCUGGGCCGGACUCUGGGCUAAACAUCUUUCUACCGAGCUAUAAAGCAGACCCCAACUGGCUUCCUCUGACACUGUCUCUCAAGACAGUCGGUUUGCAAGUCAAGGUCAUCCAGUCGCUCAACAUCUCGUCACAAUGCCGGAAUCUACUCAUCUACACCUCUCCGAGCGUGAGCUACAGCCCGAGCUCUGCGGAUGUCACGACCUUGACCUCUUUCGUGGCGAAGGGUGGAAGGCUAAUCUUCAUGAAUCAAGUACCUACCGCUCUCCAGGCUCUGGCCGGUGUUUCUGCGUCAACCGUAGAUACGAGUGGUGCCAGAUCCGUCCUGCAGUUGACGAAUACUGAGACACCGACGCAAGCUCUCCAAGGUUUCGACUUUACCGAGUACUACGAUGUCAACAUGCCAUUCUUUGAGAAUUACACCGAGACUGGUCUGAUCAAUGUUGGUUAUACACCUAUCAACGGCUCUCAAACGAUCGGAAAAUACCUGGUCCGUAAUGAUGGUGUCGACAGCGCAGAUACAUCCGCUACAAGCGCAGCGAUCGUCAAGCACCAGCCGUCGGGCGCCAGUGGAUACGUGUACAGCUUCGGUAUGGACCUUGGAUACUUGUACAUUCAGGCUCAAGCUGAGGCCGGUGGGUAUUCGCCAUGGUAUGACGGACACUACUACCCCGGAUAUGACAUUGGAACCCGCGUCAUCAAGAACAUUGUCACCACCAGUCCUCAUUUCGUGAGCCUGUGGUCUGUUCCUUACAACAAAGGACUCGCCUUCACCACUACCUGGGAUAUCGACACCUACGUCUCGUAUCCACAUGGCCAGGGUAUUGCGGCUGCUGCACAAGAUCGAGGUGCCGCGGGCAACUUGAACCUUCAUACCAAGUACAUCACCGAUGCUUACGAGACCGCGUACUUCCAGUAUGGCGUUCCCUAUAUCUACCAGAUCAGUGGAUUUCGAACUGCUCCUGAUGGAAACCCGUUCAUCGACUUUGGUAGCCACACAGUCAGUCACUCGCCCAACGCGGCGGGCUUCGACUAUGGUACACUUCAAGAGCGGUUCAUUGAAGGAACUGAUGCCGGUUACUACCCGGUUAUCCACCAGUGCGGUCCCAAUGCUGACGGUACACCCACCAAUGGAGAGGUCUGCACCAAGGGAGGUACCAGUGGACUCUCUUUCUACACAUCAGGUGCUUCCGCAUCGGGAGAGGUUCGUGUGAGUGCUUGGUUGAUCCGACACAUACUCCAUGAUAAGUUUAAGACCGGUUACAACAUGACUACCUACCGUCCUGGUAACCUUGCUUGGAGCAAGUACCAAGCCACGCAUUGCGUCGCCAACGGCAUUAUCGGCGGCUCUUCAUGCGCAGGCAAUUCGCACCUAACCCAUCUUCCUUUCCAGGUCACGCAUAACCGCGAGUCGUUCCAGGAGCUUCCUUACUACGAGUUCCCACUCCAGUGGUCUGAUGGUGACGGCAAUAUGAGCAGCGCGGACUUCCCGGGCUCAGACUUUGCGAACCAGAUCAAGUACAUUGAGAAGAUGGCACGGUAUGGAGGUCACUACAACAUCUUGAUCCAUCCCUCAGACGCCCUGUUCGAUAAGAUCCAGAUUCAGCGCGCGCUCCAUGAUAGGGUACGUCCUUAUGCAGUCUUCUUCAACCAGACAGGUAUGGCAAACUGGUGGACCAACCGAGAUCGCGCGAUUGUAGACAUCACCGCAGCGGACAACUCAUCCGCAGUGAUGACAGUCCGCUUGGACGGCCGCACGGAAGGACUUACUCUACAAGUUCCAAGCAAUUAUGCCAUACAAUCUGCCUCGGGCUCUCUCUCGGUCUGCCAGCAACCCUCAUACGACAAGACCACGAACGCGGUCGUACUGCGAAACACGGCAAAGGGACUUUACACCCUCAACUUCGCUGUCGGGGCCAGCAACGCAACUGCCUCUACAUGCCCUGACUUCACACCAAAGCCGAUUGGAGAUACGGAGUGCAUAGCAUGGGAUGUGAUGAUUGACGACUUCCUCGAACUCUACUUUGGCAGCAACAACGUCAAUCUACUCCUCUUGCAAACGGCUGCGACUGGACUUUCGUCGAACAAUGUCGAUGGUACCUUGCAGCUUACCGCGACCACGAACAGCGGCGUCAACUCGUACUACACCGAGAUCUCACGCUUCUGCUUCGAUGCCACCGUCUACACCCAUUUGUACUUCGAUAUGGUUGCUCCUCAAGGAAGCACUUUCUACGUGCAGCUCGUUUCGUACGACACUGGAUGCAACUUCGAACAGCCAAGUGCGACAUACUUGGACGUUACCCGAUACGCCCCUGCCGAUGGCUCGAAUCAUACUGUCACCAUUCCAUUAGCCGACUUCAAGGGACAAGAGAUGAAGCAUGUGCGCGGAAUACGCAUCGGAAACAUCUCGCCAGCACAGACACCCAUCUACAUCGACAACCUCAAGAUCCAGAAGCGAUGUGUAACAGCACCAGGAGAGGACCGUACCCCAGGUCUCGCAAUUGAGUCGUUCCAAAACGUAGACCGAUGGAUCACUGGUAUCAACAACAUCUUUGGUCAGACCGACUACAACAACUCGAUGACGUUCGCGAAGCUUUCUGAGUUAGGCAGAAUGCAGUUGCUGCCGUCGAGCGCAGACUCCUUCUUCUAUACAGACACUAUGGUCGACGGAGCUACCUUGAACGCUACUGCAUACACUGGAGUUUCUUUGAACGCGCGCGGCCCGUCCGGUGGGUCUUUCGAUGUGGUAUUAAGCUCAGGCGAUGGCAAGACUACCACUGUCAACACCAGGUCUUACGCCACUUUAGGCCAGGAUGAUUUCUCCAACAUCACUAUUCCCCUCACGGCAUUCUCGGGUAUCAACACCGACUCGGUCAGCCGUAUCACACUACGUAACUUUACGCCCAAUGGCGGUUCCGCAACCAGCAACUUCACAAUGCGAUGGAUUUCUCUUCUGGGUGGACCUUCCACGAUUGGCGCUGGCCCACGUUGCCCAGCUCCAACCGGAUUUGUUGUGCUGAACUUCUGCGACCCGAACGAGUUCAAGACGCAGACCAAUGCUUUAGGCGCGGCUAUCUCUGACGACCGAACGAUGCAAUCGUACAAGCAGACUAGCCGCGGAUACGUCGACCUUGUACCCAAAGACGCGACAUCUUACUUCUACUCGCUGCUCGCAAAGCCUUCCGAAUGCAGAGCGGUGAACAGCUCUUACGACGCGAUCAUCCUGACCGUUUCCGGCCCGCAAGAUGCAACCGCGAACAUCGGUUUCAGAUAUGGCACUGAUGGUUGCAGCACCAACGUAGUCACGUCUUACGUUCCGAUCACAUUCAACGCCGCGUCGACACAGCUCACGAUUCCAUUCUCUCGCUUCCCAGCUACUUUCAACCAGGAAUACCUCCAGUCAUUCGUCAUGACGAACUUCAACUCCCCUGGCUCGACGUAUCGCAUCCACUCCCUGGUCUUCACAGGACCGGCAGAUAGCCCCGGUUGCGCGCUCUGCUCAGGCACUAUUCUGAACACCUGCACAUUCGUGCCCGAAGUCCCGCGCGUCAACCGACUCCUCGGCCAGAUGACCGACGAAGGAUCUCUCGCUUCAUACUCUGUUGACGGCGACGGCUCGCUCGUCUUGGGUUCUACAAGCGGCUCAUACUGGUACUCCCAAUUCGACAACAGCGGAUGCUACAACGCGAACACGCUAAACGCAACGGGCAUCCAACUUUCCGUCGCCGCUCCCGCAGGAACCACAUUCCGGGUCACGAUGCGCUGGAAGACCGACGACGAAUGCACUACACUCUCGCCCCCGUCCUCCGUCCCCAUAACCUCCUUCGUCACAUUCACCAGCGCCGACGCCUACCAAGUCGCACAGAUCCCCUUUGCCGACUUCUCCGGCAUGAACAUCAGCAGACUCGACAGCGUCGCACUCUCAGCGUUCAACCCCUCCGACGUCGCCGUCAAAGUCGGAUGUAUCAGUCUGAUCAACGUCGCAGCCACGCCCUCCCUUCAAACAUGCAACUGCCCCGACGACGCAUGGCUGAACUACUGCACACCCGGCGUCGCAAACCGCAACAACAACGGCUACGUCCAAAGCGACGACGGCACCAUGGAAGUCGCACCCGUCGUCACCGACGGCGCUUUAGUCCUCCAACCCAGCGUAUCAGGCUCAUACUGGUACUCGCUGCAAAACUGCGCCGACGUCUCCGCGUCCCAAUACCUCGUUCUCAACGUGACGGCGAGUGCAGGCGCGAGCUUCAACGUGCAGUUGCAGAGCGGCGGGUUUGGCUGCGAUGGCCAGACGGCGAUACAGCGUCUUAGUGUUGCGACGGCGGCGUAUGGCAGUAUGAACGGCAGUCCGGUGGUGCUGAGGAUCCCGCUGAGCGAUUACACGAAGAUGAAUAAUGGCGCUUUCUCGUUGGGCAAGAUCGAUGCUGUUGCGUUGGAGGGGUUUAGUGCGGAGACGUCGAGGUAUUUGAUUCAUUGCGCGUACUUUAGUAGUGGGGGUGUGAAUGGGACGGUUGUGGGGAAUGGGACUGCGGCUUAA